GUCAGUUUCUAGGCGUAUUCGCUGCCGAGUGUACCGGAGUACGGGCUUUGCGUGACGAUCCCUCCCGAACGGUGUUCACCGGCGAGGCCCCAGCUGUUCCGGGGAGUUGAAAUUGUGAACUUGGAGCAGUCUUUAAAAACAGUAACCAAACAAAUAUGAAUUUCAUGUGCGUAAAAUGUGGUGAAAUCAAUCAAUUUCGGUCGCAUUUGUGCUAAUUAACCUAAAAGUUUUUUGUUGGUUCUUGUCGAGUGAAAGAAAACGCGUAUCUGGUACCCGUCACGAAAACCCAUUUUCUGUGUGUGGCUCGAUUGACAAUUCGCAGUUGUUUAGUGUUGGUGGUCGCUACUAAUUGGUGGAUCAAUUUUCCCCCACAGAGGGUCUCGACCAAAAGAUUGGAAAACUACGUGUUGCGACAUUUUUUUUUUGUUGCUCCCAUAGAACUCGCUCGCUCGUCCGCCACCCACGAAAACCGACCCGAUCCGUGAAUGAGAAUCGAACACUGGAGAAGCAAGUGGGUGAAGGCGCGCGGGAAAGAAGAAUGAAACAAAAACAACAAUCUUCUCGGAGCACGACGACGACGGCAUUUGUGGGUCGUCCUUGCGUAAGGAUUCGUACAUCGGGCGGCAUUGGCGAGGGUGGUCAGUAAUAAACAGAAGGCGCCGAGAGCUUUGUGAGUGAACGAGAGCCGGUGAGAUUUUCCUACACGCAUACCAUAGAGUCAAUCGCGAGCGAGAUUUGAGGAAUACUCGCGAAUCUAGUGCGCACACACACACACACACACAUACACCCGCGUCCUGAUAGGCAAGCAGCAAGGACUGCAAUUCGGGAUCAGUUAUUCAAUCAAACUGUGCUGUUUUUGUGUUUCCCAACCUUUUAGUAGUUUUUUCAGUACAACCUUGUUAGUCAAUUAGUUUUUCCGGAAAGGUGCGGAUAGUUGGUGUGAGUCCACCAUCGCAACGAAGCCUGCAGCGUGUCGGCGCUGAUAUUAAUUAGCAAAGUGAAUCCGUGGAAUUGUGACGAAUGUGGAUUUUUUUUUCUCUAUCAAGUACUUCACAAAAGUAGUGUGUCAUUCUCCUGAGAGGUUGAUGGAUUGAGGUCUCAUCGUCUGUGUUAUGCUGCUUAGUGAGUAUUUUCACCAUUCACAAGAAUUUUCCCUGAGAGUGAACGACUGAGAGUAUUCGUGUUCCCGAGUGGAUUCUGGAGUCGCGCUUCGCGUAGAGAUAGGUUGGAUGUGAUAGUAAUGGAAUACGCAAGAUUUUUUUGUUCAUAAUGAGGAAGGCAAAUAAAUCCUAAAGUGGUGGUAAAUCCUCUUCUUGGGGUUGGGGAGAAAGAGAGAGCGAGAAUCGCCAUAAGUGCUGGAGAAAAUAUGUUUCCUACUGGAGAGCGUUCCUAUGGAUAAGGACUAGACGCACGUGGAAGGUUGCUAUCUCCGCGACAAGGAGACGAAGAGUACGAGAGUGUACGCCGCCGUUCUUAUCGUCGUUAUCUAUUGGACCUCGUGUGCCCAAGUAUGCGUUUGUGGACGUGUUCGUCCUAGUGUCCUAGACAUACAGCGCCGUAGUUUUUGUGGCGGAACGCACCAAAGAGCCUAGGGUCUGUGUUUGUGCAGAUGUCCCCGUUUUCAGACACACACUCCGGCGGCCGCGGUGUGCCGUGAAAGGAUUUUCCUUCUGGCUUUCUAAAUCGGGAAAAACCUCCCCGUAAUCUUCAAAUCUUCACGGAUAACUACGUGCAACAGCAAAUAGCUAGUUACACAAAAGGACCUGUAGUGGUUUUCCUUGUACACAUCUCGACAUCUCGCCCAGCGCUGGAACAAAAAGAAUUCAUAACAAAAGCCCGGUUGUGUACUCAGUGGAAAACAAGUGGAAAACGACAACGGCCUGAAAGAACAGAUGCACUACUCUCUGGUGCUGUGUUACUCAAAUAUCCCUGUGCAAUCUGAUGUGCUUGGUGGUCUUUGCCUUUGCGAAAGGUAUCAUCUCUGUUGUUAUACUGUGCCGUGUUUCCUUCCUGCGCUUUCCGCUCUACGUAUAAAGGAUAACUAACCAUUAAGUGUUUAUUCAAGUGUAUAGAGAGUACUCAGUAACAGCAUAAUCGUCUAUAAGCAGCAGGAAAAAAAGUGUCGUCGGUGUCUAUUGUUGUUGUGCAAGGCGAUGUUCAACCAAACAAGUGAAGUUUUUAUUUGAAGCAUAAAGUGUCGUGUGUUCUGCUCGCCCCAAUCGUUGUAGCCAAAGUAUAUGUAUCUGUGUCUGAUUACUAUCCCCAAUAAAUAUAUAUGUAUGCAUAUAGAUCUACUGCUACCAUUGAAUCUUCAGAAAAAAAUAAGAAAACAACUGUUAGUGUUUGAUAUUCCUUCGUAAGAAUAAAUUCGUAUAACGCCCGACUUGUGGAGUAUGAUGAAUAUCUGAAAGUUGAUACCAAUUAGCUGAAUUGAACGAGGAAAAAUAAAACAACCCAAUUGUGAAUCUUGUACACAUCAGUUUGAAUUGUUGUGAAUAUUGACCACAGACUGCAGACCCACUAGUAUAGCAAACGAAAUCUACAAACCUACGAGCAUCGAAUAACCGAACAAAAACAUCGCUGGAAGUGUGCAGAAAAAAAAGUAUUGUUAUUUAUAGCUGUCGAGCGACAUAAUUGUUAUUUUGUACUAGGAGCAGCAUUGCGAUAUUUGUAGUAAAGAUGAUGAUCUGCCACGGCGAAAUACAUCAAUAACUUGCGGUGGUGAUUUUGCUGCAGAGAAUAGAAAAAGUGCUAAGCAAAUUUUGCACCAAGUGUAAAUGUUGGUCAAAAUCCGGAUUAGAGGAAGAUUGUUCAAUAUUCUACCUGAGCAGUUUUAUCGCUACCUUCGCAAAAGCAAUUGUGAAAAUGGAAUGGUAAAUAAUUGUCGUUAAUGGAAGGAAAUAUAUAACCCACUAGUGGUAGUGCGACACCUCGAGCUGUGAGUGAAAAUUAGCAACAGAAAGAAGAGAAAUAAAACCUACAAAAAUAUAUUUAUAUCCCCAGUUGUUGAAGGUCACACUCAGGAUGUAACUUAAAAGGCAAAAGUCGGGGAAAGUGAAGCAAAUUAAUGAUCUGUGAAUCGAGCGAACGGCGCCAGAAACGGAAAACCAACAGGCACCAGCACCACCUCUACCACCUUCAGCGGCAGCGUAAUUUGGCUCGUAAAUCUGGCUUAAGAAUACGAAUCUUACGUAAGGUGAGAGAAGCAGGUCAGCGAACGUAAUUUCCAUCCAAAUCUCCUAUCUCCGAGUGUUGUUACGCUCCACACAGCGUCGGCUGGAGAGACAGGUAGCCGAGGGUGAUCGUAAUCGUCUCCGUCAGCCUCACGGGUUUGGGAGGUGUGUGUGUUGUGUUGUCCCUCCUACUUGAUUUCGCACAACUUGUAGGAAGCUGGUUGCCAGAGUGUCUGAGCGAGCGAACGAACGAACGGAAAGCGGUUUGCCGUGGGAUCCCCUCGUGCGAGGAGUGGAAAAAUAGCGUCGUAAAAUAAAACAGCAAACCGUCGAUCACCCAAGAAUACGCCUAGCCGAAUGAGAUAACUCCGAACGAAGAAAUCCGUCAUGUCACUUUCACCGAAACGACAUCAUCCUCUGCGUCCUUGAUCCCCCAGACCCCUUCCAAAGAUGUCCCACAAAGCAAACAAACAUAUUUCUUCUUUCGCGAACGGCCAACCGAAUCCGGUGCUCGCUAGACCCGAUUAUUCUUGAGAGAACCAUGUAAGACCUACGGAUAGACCUCCAAGCCAAGGUUCGCGAUAGGUUGGAAAACAAUCAGGAACAGCAGACAUUGCACACAUACAUACACCCACACACGAAAAACUCCAUAGGAAACAGAUACGCUUAACAGUUUCUAGCUAAUGGUUUGUUAAUUGAUUUUUUUUACAAAAAGUUAGUACAUUUGUGAGAGUUUUAUUCGGUGCAAAUUAAAAAAAAGGUGAAAAUUUAGUAAAUUUUUGCACCCCCACAAACGUUGUGAUUGUGAAAUAGUUGUUAAACCCUAAGUCCCACCCUGUGUCAGUUUGAAGCCAAUGUUCACCCAUAAGUGUCUUAAGUGGAGCUAGUUUUUUGUUGUCGUCCGAGACAACAUUAGGCGGCAGAGUUUUUAUGAUAAGUUGUUGAGCGCGCGCUUGGAAGAAUUUACAAAUAGAGAGUAUACUUGCGUUACCUAAGUUGGAUACGACUUUUGUUCUCAGAUCGUUAAAAAAAAUUAAGAAAACAGAACAGAGAAGUAAUAAUCAGACAAUACUCAUGAAUAAUUUAGAGGCAACAACUAGUUGCUGCAGGUAGUCCCUGGGACAGCCCGUGUGAUAAUGAAAUAUUGAUUUUUUUUUCUGUUAGGAAUUAUAGAUUGCAAUCAAUGGAAAUGAAGCCCUUGGCAAACACAGUCGAUAACCGAUCCAUUACAGAAACAAAGAGGAGCAAUUACAGCUGAUAUUAGACCGCGAACUCCACAGUUGUGUAUGUAACCAUUAGUUCGGAAACGGUGGGAUUGAAACAAGAGGUGAUUUUAUAGCAAACAUUUGGGGGAACUGUUUUUGCUUUUGUAGUUCCCAGACGAGUAGCAAAUUUAUAACAAAAAAAAUAUUUUUUCCGACCGGUAACGUCUGCGAAGAAGAGAGUCUCGGUUUCGCCUCCAAGGGUUUGAGCAUUGUAUACUAAUUGGUUGGAAUUUUGAUACGAACAAAUGUUUAUUUCUAAGUUAGUCAUCGGCUCCCGGGAGGAGUUGUAGAAACCACACAAAAAGGCGAUAUUUUCGAACGCAUAUUUUUUACUGAAAUGUCGAAUAUCACCAAAGAAGAUGUUACUAGCAAAUGCGCGCGCGUUAAGGUGUAAUUGAAAUAAUCAAACACACUGUUAAAAACAAACAAAAAAAAGUGUUUUAAUGUUGUUGUAUAUGUUACCACUUGAGUACGGGCGUAAAAAGCUGCUAAUCAAAGUUUCUCGUCGAGAACAACCCAAAGGCAAACUAUGAGGAAUCGUAGGUUUUAUAUUUGUUUUUACACGGAACAACAUUAGGGAUUAUUGAAGCAUACGCAGAACAAAAGAUUAGGACAAAAAAGGGUAGUAUCGAUUUUUCCAGCGAUUUUGUAAAAUUUUAUACAAAUAAACCAGAAAAAAAAUCACUAACUAAUAUUAGGGAAAAGAAAAUAUACCAAAGUAUAUGAAAACGGCAUAAACGUUAGAUUAAAAAAAAAGUGGCAUUUUGCGCUUCGAGGUGUUAAUUUACUAGGGAGCUUUAACUGUCUGAUACUAUUGUUAAGAAUACAACCACACACACACAAACACAUACACGAGUACACGUUCUGACACUUUCCCAAUCACACGUACACUAAUACCUACACUAUUAUCAAGUUCUGCAACAAAACCCACACGAAACGGAAGAUAUUUUAAACCAAAUAAAAUACCACUGCUAGGAGUAUCUGUAGUUCUAUUUGUUAAUAAUCUAACUAGGUGCACUGGGUAAACCUCAUUUUUGAUAACUGUCUACAAGCUGUUUAGGUGAAAAGAAGAAAUAUGUUUUGAAAUUGAUGUGCGCAUGUGAGUGAAUUUCCUGUACCCGCCAUUUCUUGAGUCCUGACUGUCGUAUUCUAUGCGUAACUGUGGCUUGACAACAACUAGGUGUUACUUAGAGUACUAACUUGGAAACGAAUCUGCUGGCAAAACGGAUCAAAACCAAUUUACUGUACAAUCUCUCUAUUCAAACGACGAUACCACACACUAAGAGUGACACGCACAAUCCAACAUGUAUGCAGCAGCCGGAGGUGCCUCGUUGGCUUCCCGCCAGGCACGUAAGAAGCAAGCCCAACAGAACACUAAAAAUAAGGCAACCAACCAACUGAUCCUCCGAGAGAAACUAGCUGCGAAAGUUGCUUCUACUCCGACCAAGAGCAAACCCUUCCACCAGUUACCUGCUUCAUAUUUAAGGGCGCCCCAUCAACACCAUCGGAAACUUAGCGCCGGCUAUACGACCGUCCCAGGCUACGACCAACAUCACAAGUCUCUGCUGCCUAUCAGCGAGCAGUCCUCCUCCUCCCAUGGAGGCCAACCGAUCCAUACACCCCAUCAACAUCAUCACCACCAUCACCAUCCGCUGCACGGUGGACCGUGCCAUGCGCCCCAUGGACCCCUGCAGCACCCAGCGGGCGUGGGACAGCUACCACUUCACAAACCGACCGGAUUUCGUGAAUAUGACAAACUGGCCACUCCACCGGGCAAACUCAACCUCCAGUUGCACAUCACGACGGACGAUGAAGGACGACCCCUGACGCCGGCCCCUGGUGCUCUGGAGCGCAAAUGUAGCGUCUAUCGGAGCCGCAAGCUGGACCCGUACGAUGAACACUUCUUCGGCAACAACAACACUACGACAAUAAGCCAUCAGCACCAGCAUCAGCACCAGCACCAGCAGGAUGACGCAUACUAUGGCCAACAUCAGCUCCCGAACGGUGAACAGCAUGGAACCUAUGUGUGCAAGUGGGACACCGAGUACUACUGCUGUGACGCUGAACACCGUCAGCUGGGCGUCUGUACCUGUGAUCACAUCGAGUGUGCCCAAGGACGUGCCGCAUGGCUGGAACGCGGUAGACGAUGCAGCGUACAAGAAACUCCCGCCUCCUGCCAUCGACGAUGGGUCAAACGGAAUCGGAUACAAGACUCAUCGUUGGGUGGCUCUUCAGACGAUGAAGACUUACUCGGUGUGCUGAGAGGCCCCAGUUCAUUCGCCAAUGCCUUCCUUUACGUAGGUUUAGGUACGAUAGCAAUUGGAUUAGUUAUAGCGUUCGUCGGAACCGGCGAGAAGGGAUUCAAAACGGUUGAACUAAGAUUAAUCGGACCAUCGUUAAUCGGUCUCGGCUUAUUUUGUUGUAUAUUGCGAAUCCUGUUUUGUAUUUGCCCAUCACACUGUUUAUCAUCUAGUCGUAGAGCGCGAAACAAGAAAAACGCUAAAAUAGACGCUGAUCACCGGACUUCCCUGCUGCGUGGCGACAGCAAACGAGUAUCGAUUGCACGCGGACCUCACAUACCGACAAAACAGCCACAAAUUUACCCCAAGUCGAUAGUGAAGACCAAGACGUACGAGGGCGUAGAAGCACUUCGGCAGAUAGCAACCACUUCAUUGUUUCUCCAGAACGAACAGAAAGUCUCAUCCAAUCGCAUUGUUCCAAUCAUCAAGGAGCCAGAAAAAAUAGAAGAACCACCUUUAGAGCUAAAAAGAAUCGAUCCCCUAAAGGCUGAUACACUUAGUGUGCUAGACAUCGUUAGUAUAUCGGACGUUGAUGAUGACAGUGAUGACCACAGCCACAAGCACCAUCCCCGUGAUGGCCGAAUUUCCGAUACUCAGGUGAUAGAUCUAACGGGCGACGACGAACAAUCAGCUGCCGCCGGUUCGCACCACCAGCGAAAGGAUAGCAAGCUACGACGGCAGCGAACCUCGGUGAACCAGCAGAAGCCUAAGGAUCCUGGGAUGACAACGGGGUCGUCAUCGUCGUCAUCGCUAUCGCCUGGCGGUGGUAGUGGCAUACUGAUGGAGACCUCGUUGAUGAUCAUCGGACCGACGCCGGUUAGCUCACCAGCUAAACAGCAGCAGCAAUCACUGACGGUACCGAAGACCACGACGCUGGAAGCAGCUCCACCCAAGCUAGUCGGCGGUAGCUCACUGCUCGUAACGCUACCAACACAAUCAACCUCAUCCGCAUCCGCCUUUGGAGCGAUCGUAGCUCCCAGCAUAAGCAACAACAAUACAUCGGUACCCGGAUCACUGUCACCGCUGCCGUCGACCUCGUAUCUACCCAGUGCGGCCGCGUUCAUGUCCCACAUCUGCCCACUCACACCGCCACCAGCUUCCGGAUUCACGUACAACAGUAGCAGUAGCAGUAGUAGCAACUAUCUGCUGUCACCCUCACCACUAGCAUCAACCGCAGCGGGUGCAGCAUCUUCCCCUGGCGCGUACGACCCGCUGACGCUGGGCACCAACACAAUCACCACGUCGUCCUCAUUGCUACAAUCAUCAGCCGUAACCACUACCAAGACCGAACCGGAACUAGUGUUAAGUCCAGCGAAAUUAGGACAGUAGAUAAAAACUAUACACUAAAAAAAUACAAUUUUUCCUAACAAAAGUGUAGAGCAGCAGAACCGGACGAAAACGGAGAGUAUAGCUAUAAAAUCGGAGUAAUGUUUCUGUUUAAACGCAUCCGAGAAUUGAGGAAACCAUGCAAACAUGCAAGAAAAACAGGAAAUGAACAAUUCCCCCCAAUCAACACGUUUUAUAUGGAGUAUAUGGAGGCCGUAAAUAUAUUUAUACAAAAAAAAAACACGGAACGCAAAUGAAACGGCCCCAGACAAUGCUACCGAACAUGACGAAGGUGAGCCUUUCUUUGCAGAUGUAUGGAGUGCGCGAUGAUGACAUAAUCGUAACAAAGUGUAAUUUGGCAUCAACUCGCGAAAAUAUUGAUAUGCAGCAAUUCCACGUCAAAUCAGUUGGUUGCUGUCUCAACCCUUCGGUUUUUCGGAAACUUUGUACACAUGGUGCUGGGAACCUAGAAUGAACCCUACUAACAAUUCCCAUCAGUGUGAAGUUCUUAUAAUGGUUUCAUUCAGUUUCUGAUGAACUUUCGAAAAAAAAAUUAGAAUGACCAAGGUUCAAACUUACGACCUUUGCAUCGAUGAUCCUCCAUCAAACCAUUUUCUCCGUUAGAACACUUGCAAAUGUAAUGCCAAGCAGUCGAACAUGAGCUUAAAAACACUGGCAGCAAAUGCUCAUUUUGGUAGUCCGCCAUAUGUCGUACAAAAGCUGCUUUGCAGUUGAAUAAACGUUUUGAAAUCAUUUCUCUCGCAUAUUACCCAGGUAAAAUUCGAUGAUUGAACAAAAGCUUCAAUUUGGUCUAAGUAAGCCUGUAUGCAACGUACGAGGGCAGUCCAAUAAGUACUUAGCCUACAAAAAAAACAAAAAUUUUGGAAAAUUGGCGAUUUCUUUCUCAGCAUAGUCUCCUUUUAGCUAGAUACACUUGACCCAGCGAUGCUCCAACUUCUUUAAUCAAUCUGAAAAAUGCGUUUUCUGGAGGUCUGCAAAGUAGGCCUCCGUGGCGGCGAUGACCUCCCCAUUCGAUUCAAAAUUCUGCCCAGCGAGGGACUUUUUCAAGUUUGGAAACAAAAAAAAUAUAGGAGGUUGUGUCCAAGACACGACCACUUUCUUGACGUAGAACUACGCUGUUGUUGUGUUCAAGUCGCUUGUUAAUAACUUCGGAUAUUAUUUUACACACUCAUACCCUUAUCUCCGCUUUGAGCUCGUCUCAACAAAAGCCCUUUCUAUUAAUAUUUUUUCUCGGUCUCGAUUAGCUUAGCUGUCAUUCUUGGUGUAGAUAGUUUUGCUACUGUCAUGCGAAAUCAAAUCACACACAAAAUUCCUAAACAAUUAUUUUCUUGGUGAGCCGAUGAUAGCCUGGUUUGAUGAUUUCCCACACAAUUGUGUAGUACAGAACCUUAAUGGAAUGACGUUAGAUUGAUGUAAUGAUUGCAAUGCCAGAGAAAUCAGUGAGGAAGUAAUUCGGUUGCGUCCACAGUUCAAUCCGAAACUAAGACAUGUGAUGACACAAAACAAGGAGGAACAAGCGAUGUUCAUUGCUUCGUAUCUAAAACGAUACUGAAAGUUUGCCUCAGCGAAAUCCAAUAUUUAUGUUCCAGGCAAAUAUUCCCCUUCGUUCUUCUUCUUCUUCUUUUAUUUGUUCACGGCGACUUUAAAUCAUUUCCCUUCGUUGAUCGCCGAUAAGUUGCUCGUUAUUGACGGCAUGUGUAGGGAAGCUCACAAAUGAGCAGAACAAAUGUAUGGGAAAAUGGAAAUUCUUCUAGUUUUCAUCAAUUUAAACCGUUUACACAUUAGGGAAUUGUAACAUAUAGCAUAAAAAACAAAUCUUAUGGAAUUUCCGAUUCGUUUGGUAUAUAAAUCGUCAAAAUGCGUUCGCGGCGAAAAUAGUUAUUAAUGUUAACUUUAUUUCAUUAAAACGUGACCUGUUUUCUGAUUUGAUACCCUUAAUAAAAGUCGUAGUUCUACGUCAAAAGUCGCACGGGGCCAAAUCUAGAGAAUACGGUGGAUGGGGCAGCAGUUCGUAGUGCAAAUCGACCAAUUUGACCGUGGCGGCGGCGGAGGAGUGAGCCGGUGCGUUGUCAUGGUGGAAGAGCACUUUUUUCUUCGCCAAAUGGGGCCGUUUUUUCUGCAAUUCGGCGUCGAACCGGCCCAAUAAUUCGGCAUAGUAGAGCCCUGUGACCGUUUUGCUCUUCUCCAGGUAGUCUAUGUAGAUCACACAUUGUGAAUUCCAGAAAACGGUGGCCUUCACCUUUCCAGCCGAUAGGACAAUCUUCGCCUUCUUCGGAGCACAUUCGCAGGGUGAAGUCCACUGUUUCGACUGUUUCUUGGUCUCCGGUGUGUACAAGUGGAUCCAUGUUUCGUCGACGGUCACGAAACGACGCAGAAACUCCUUCGGAUUGCGUCAAACAGAGUCAAAAUUUCAUGCAGGAUAUGACCCACGCGGUCUUUUAAGAUGCCUACUGUUUCAGCUAUCUCGAGCACCUUCAAUCGGCAGUCUGCCAAUAUGAGAUCGUGGAUUUUUAUCACGUUUUCCUCCGUGGUAGCCGUUUUCAGGGCACCUGAGCGCGGCUCAUCAAAAACCGACGUGCAACCACGUUGAAACUCGUUAAACCAAUUUUUGACGGUCGCCAUCGAAGGAGAAGAGUCACCGUAUACAGCAUCCAAGCGCUCUUUGAUUUCGCUGCGCUAUUUCUUUUACAAAAACAAGAAUCGAAUCACCGACCGAUAUUGCUUUUUGACGUAGAACUACGUCUUUCAGGAAGGGUGCCAAAUCAGAAAACAGGUCACAUUUUUAUAAAAUAAAAGUUAACGUUAAUUACUAUUUUCACUGUGAACCCGAAUUGUUCGUCUCGUUUCCAAAACAAUUUUGAGAAGAAGAUCUCAAGGCCCAUUUACAAAUCCUGAAAAAUUAUCAACUGAACUUCGGUAUUCCCUUCAAAGUGAUUGAAUUUAACACUCUUAUACUCGCGUGCAAUGUCAUAGCUUGUAUAAUCGCGCACGGUGUCACAACAGACUGUGCGAGUCUCUGUAAUAUUGCUAUUGUGUAUGAAAAAUUCGAAACAAUCGGCAGAAUUAUGUGUCAAUAGUUGGUAACCUUACCAUUUCGGUUAACAAUGUGGAAAAAUCUUGUUGACAUACUACUUACCAAGUUCUGCAGAACGCGUUUGUCGAUAUUUGUAAACGGGUUUCUGUGUAUCUGUAACGAGUAUGUGUAUAUAAAAAAGAGUAUGUGUUCCUGCAACUGCCUGUGCGGUUCGAGGUGUGGCACGGACCCCCAUCUUUUCGAAAUACAACGGAAUAACAUACUUACUUAAAAUUCCAAUGUAGACCUCCGUGUUUACUUUGUUGCCUUCUGGAAUCGAUUCUGAGAUUUGAUACGGGAUCGACGGUUAACAUGCUCUCUUCGGUGAACAGGAUUACCGGAUUUUUUCGCUCGAGGAGGUUCAAGAUUUUCUUACAUCGCUCAACUCGUAUCUCUCGAAGGGCGGUUGAUAAUCAUGAGUUUUUUUCAGUGCCCUCGACUUCGCCCUGCAAUCUUCUUUCAUAAGUAUCUGUACCCUAGAGUCGAUUAUCUUGAGUUCCUUCGCAAUUUUACUCAUUGAACGCACUGGAUUCGCUAUUGAUGGCAGCGAUAAUCCUCGAAAUCCGACCUGACCUCGGAUGAUCUGUGGCCACCUUCGCGGGUAGUUGUCCUUACUUUUCUCGAUCUAAGACCAUUUUCACGGUCCACCAGAACUCCCACGGCAAUGCUAUGGACAAAUCACGAAUACGCCGUCACUUUGUCAUGGUGCAACUGUCAAACUAAGGAAAUCGGCUUUUUUUUACUCGCAGCCUAUAUGAUAUGAAUCAUAGAUUAGAAAACCAAAGCAUUGUAUGCACAGAUAAAACGGGAACCUUAUCUGUACGAUGGUGCCAACAUUAUCGCGCAUACGGUAUUUGUAAAAGCACAAUCGUUCGUAGCAUGAUGACCUUUUCUUGCAUAGCGUGUACAUUCUUUCGGGGUCAUGGGUCUGAUAGCGUUAACAAUGCUUAUUUGACUAUUGAUCUAAACAUUGGUAUUAGUAUUUUCGAAGACCACAUUCUAGAACAUCGUACUCGUACAGACUCGGUACAUCUGCAAUGAAACGCCCCCAACCAAAGUAUCCCUACACUGACGAAUACUUCCAAACCGGACAAAACUGUCGAAAUACUUGAAAAGAAGGCAACGGCGAACAAAGCGAAGGAAACAAACAUAUGUUAAGUUCCACUAUGACUUCAAAAAACAACCAGAAACACGACCUACAAUAAACCCAGCAUUUAAGUAAAACAAAAGCUUAGUAUUAGUGAUUUGUAUCUUUGUUAGUUGAGGCUUUCAUAUCUAUAAAGAAAAAAGAAACUAUAGCAUUACUUUCAACAGCUGUUAUUUGAGUUGUGAGUGAGCAUGUAAAAAAAACAGUGCAGGAAAACAAUAGCAAAGUGUUACGCGGUGGUUUGACUAUUAUCUCUCACUAGUGAGUGAAAUCACAUAAAAAUACGUUGUUAUUAUUGCGAGUUCUAGUUAAGUUUGUCUCUAUUUUGAUGGAGUAUAAAAACGUACACAAGUGAACAAAUAAAUGAAAAAAAAAUAAACUAAUGCAACACUGCGGAACGAGAUAAUAAGAUGUCAAAGAGGCGCAAUAUAGAAACUAUAUUUAUUAAGCCAAACCAGAGCAAAACAAUAUAUCAUUUAAUAAUUCGAGCAUAUGAGAAACAAAUUCAGUGAUAAAGAAGUAUAUUAGAUGAAAUUAUAUGCAGAUCAUGUACAUAACAUUGCUUCCAGAGUAUAAUAAUUAUUUAAACAAAAUGCAGUGGAGAUUACACUUUAGUUUCGUACGUCAAAUUGAUUUCUAUCUAUUGUAGCGCGAAGGAAUGGAAUGUGGUACGAUAUAUCAUAAAUAUAAAACACAAAACGUCAAAUUACAUGCGAUGAGAAACUGAUUCAAUCACUGAACAAGGAAAGCCCACAACUAGUUAAAUGAUAAACAAAAGAGAGAUUACAAAAAAGUAUCCCAUAUGCCAGGAGAGCUUUUUUCCAUAAUUGUGUGUUUACCACUUAGAGGAGGAAACCAACAAUAAGCGAUAUUUUCAGCAGAACAACAUAAACCAAUAUAAAGCAAAAGCAGCAGCAGCAGUAAAGAAAUUUAAUUGAAUGUCUUAUAAUCAAACAAGAAGCAGAACAAGCGACAACCUGUGUAAACCAAAACUAAUAUCGAUGGUACUAGUAGCUUACCGUAACCGUUCAAUGUAAAUGGUAAAUGAAAAAAUGGUGUUAAGUGGACAACCAAGUGUAACCAAAAACCCAAAUCAGCAAACCAAUAUGUGAACAGUGGAAAGGAAUAGGGGUAAGGAACAAUGACAGAUAUAACUAACACAGGAAUGCCAGUGGAGGAUGGUAACAGAUAAUCUAGCAGAACCCACACACUGUACUGAAGAUCUAUAUAAAAAAGAAACAAACAACAAAGGAAAAUAAACGAGAGAUGAUAAAAAUUAUUAAUAAAAAGAGAAAAC